CCAUAUCUCCAGGAGAACUGAAACUACAAAUUGUGGCUCACAUUCUUGGCAAUUGACAUUAUCCAUUAUAAUUCCAUCGUUUAAAAUCCUUAACAAAAUAAACUCAUCCCAAUCGCUCAAUGCCACAACUUAUGUCUGCAUGACCAUGGGUCAUCUCCUCCAUCAUUCCCUCAAGCCAACACAGUCUUUCCCCUCCAUUUCUGUAACCAGAAGCAGACCCUCGCCCUUCAAGUGGAUUAAUUCAAGAGUAUUACUCUGUUGCUGUUCAUUGUCUCAGGAGGUCACUAUAAAAACCCUGUCUUUGCAGAAUGAGGGAAGAAGGGCCUUAAUGGGUUGUCUUGUUUUAGCUGCAGCUGCUAGCAUUCAGUUCUGUGAUGCGGCCAGGGCUGUUAGCACAAGUAGAAGAGCUCUUAGAGGAGCAAAAAUACCUGAGAGUGAUUAUACAGCUCUUCCUAAUGGGCUAAAGUAUUAUGAUCUGAAGGUUGGUUCAGGACCAGAAGCUGUGAGAGGAUCUAGAGUUGCAGUCCACUAUGUAGCUAAAUGGCGAGGAAUCACAUUCAUGACGAGCAGACAAGGAGUGGGUGUUGGAGGUGGAAUGCCUUAUGGAUUUGAUGUCGGGCAAUCAGAGCGAGGGACAGUCCUUAAAGGAUUAGACCUUGGCGUUCAAGGCAUGAGAGUUGGAGGACAGCGGUUACUGAUCGUUCCUCCUGCCCUAGCUUACGGAAAGAAAGGGGUUCAAGAAAUUCCUCCAAAUGCGACAAUUGAGUUGGAUGUUGAACUGCUAUCAAUCAAACAAAGUCCAUUUGGGACUCCGGUUAGAGUCAUUGAAGGAUAACUUCUGUUCAAAAGUUACGGAGGCUAGGGGCCGGGGUUUAAAAAACAUUAUAUUGUAGAGACCAAAUCUUAGAAUGUUAAUGUAUUUUUUACCGAUUACAAAUGUUUAUGUUAAAUUAUUUGUCUUACACUGGAAAAUUAUGAAACAAUAAAACACUAUAUAAGGUUUUGAGCUACUCCUUAUAUUUGGUUACCUUUUAGGAUAAAUUCUCGGUUUUAACAUGUUAUCAUAGCCAAGAUCUAUUGUGAU